AUGGGAGGCUUAGCCAGUAAUAUAUUACAAGAAACAUUCUCAAUUUUAACGACUAAAGGAGAAGAGUUAUUUUUAACUAUUUGGAAAUGUUUUGAAUUUCCAAGUACAUGGUCACGUCAACAAAGUCCUAUAACUCAUCUCAAUUCUUAUUUUUUCUCAGAUUACCUUCAUUUAACAAUGAUAAUGCCAUUUUUAAUUAACCGUGCAAUCAAUGUUAAUUUAUUAAAAGAUAAUUUUGUUAACAAUAUUUCAAUAUCAUACAAUUUGCGAAGAAACCAGAUAGUUGAUAAGUUAUGUUAUCUCUGGAUUUUAUUUGCUAAACUAAUUGCUUUAGUAUUUAAAAAAACAUAUUCUAAAGCAGAAAUUAAGAAUUUAAAUGAUCUUAUCAUUCAAUGGGCGGAUUUAAUCUUAAAGAUUUUUCCUUCCAUUUCACGACUUCCUAAUUUUCACAUAAUUCGUCACUUUAAUAUACACAUUCAAAAUUUUGGACCUCUUGUAAAUAAGGCAGUAGCUACUAAAGAAAUGGUACACCGUAUUUUUAAAUACUUAUUGGAUGGAGGAGUUGAUUCAAGAUAUAAUAAUACAACUCAAUUUAAUUUUAAAGAAUUACUAAAAGAUCAAUGUGUACGAAACUUUUUAGAUAAUUGGUAUAUUUCACCAUUACAAUUUGAUUUAGAAAGUGAUUCAUCUUUAACUUGUAUGACCGAAAAUUAUAUUAAUUUAUGUGUUCAAUCACCACUUAAAAAAUGUGAUUUAAAGAAAGAUGAUCUUGAAACCUUUCUAAAUGAUGAUUUAUUUGCAGAGUUGGGACGAGCUUACGAAGAGGAUUUAAAUAAUAUAGAACAUCUAAAAUCUCGAGAUGUUGUAGAUGUAUUAGAAGAUAUUACACCACUUGGAAAUAUAUCUCAAAAUGCUACUGAUAUGGUUACAAGAGUAUCUUAUGCACGAAUUAAAGCAAUAAUUUUACAUCAAAAAGGACAACUUCAAGUACCAUUUCUUUUCUUAGAUUGGUUUAUUUCUCAAAAUACUAAUGAUUAAAAAUUAAAGUGUCCUUUAUAUAGAUUACAGUGGCAAUCAGAUUAUACAUGGAGACGUAUUUAUGCAAUAAAAUGGAUCGAUCA